AUGCCGGUAACAAGAGGGCGCGCCGCCGCGGCGGCGGCGACGGCGGCGGCGGCAGAUGAGGAAGAGCGCCACGCGCCCAUCGACAUCUCCUCGGAUUCCGAUGCCGGCGGAUCCGAACAGUCCGGGUCGGAGGAUGAGGACGACGGCGACGAGCCCACCAGCGACAAAGACUACAUCGACAUUAGCGACAGCGGCGAGAGCUGCGUCGACAUCAGCGAUAGCGGCGAGAGCUACGUCGACAUCAGCGACAGCGACAGCGAAGACGAAGAGGACGACGAUGAGGAAGGCGGCUGCGCUGGGAACGAGGGGGGAGCGGAGGCGGACCGACCCGGCGCAGAUCGGAGCGAGGCUGCCUGCACAAAAAUCGCCGAUCUCCUCCGCCGAGGGAGAAACCUGGAUGGUAUUAAGUUGGCGGAGUGCAAAGCAUAUUUAAAGAAUAAUGGUCUUCCCCAAGUUGGGGACAUAGAAACUUGCGUCGAAAGAAUAAUGCUGCAUCAUAGGUUCAAAGAUGAAGAUCCAGAGAAGAUUUAUCCCCGGUCAUCCUUUUGUAUUAACUGUAAAGGCGAUGUCUGUCGAGGUGAUACUGUCUUAUUCAAACAAAAGGUUCACGAGAAAAGUGGCAAAAGGCUCUCAAAAAGUAUGGGGAAGCGAAUAGUAGCUGGGAAAGUUAUUAAGGAAAGUUAUGGUAAAGACAAGCAGCAACACACAUUUACUAUUCAAGUGUUCUGGAGCAAAGGAGUAGGAAAAUUACCACCUUUGUAUCUGCUACUUGUCAAAGGACGCAAUCUAUACAGAAUGAUGACUUUCCGUCAGGCUUGGGCGAAUGAAGCGAAUAGGUUGAAGGCUCUAGAAGAAAAGCACAGUAGAGGAGAUGCUGCAAGGCGUGUCCGUGUUUCAAAUAGACGUAAUUCUAGAGGACACGCUCUUAAGGGCAAGAAAUCGAAGGAAAAAGGAAAGCAUCAGUCUCAACCUGGAGGGCCUGAUGGUGGAUCCAAUAUCACUAAAGGCAGAAAACGUGCUAUGCAAACCUCCAAUUCUGAUCAUCCUGCCAAAAAAGUUCAAAAAGAAGAGCACCAAGUGCCUUCCGGGAAAAACCACACUGGUGAUCAUCGGAAGGCAAAGACAAAUUCUGCCCCCCUGGAUAAGAACAUUGGCACCAGCACUAGCAGUUCUCAGCUAAAUGCCAACACGGAGACAAAUCAUGCCAUCCCGCAGAAAAACCUGCGAACAGCACCAGUCAACAAUGGUCUGCGUAACACGGAGGCUAGGGUGAGUAAAGGAAAAGCCGGUUCGAAGCAAAAAAACACUGUUGCUGGCAACCAUGAUCAGUUUGAAGGAAGGCGCCUAGGUGUAGGUUCAGCUUCUCAUCGGCAGGCUUACCCUGGAAAUUCAGCUGGGAUACAUCGUCCUUUCUCCGAGAGGCCCCAGCGGCCACCUCCAUUGCGCGAAGUUGGCAAUGCCUGGCAACCUCCAUUGCGCGAAGUUGGCAAUGCCUGGCAACAUCAUAUGGACGACAGAUCAAUUUCAUGUCCAAACCCUGCAAUGGUUUUCGGACACCCAUAUGCAGCACCGGCUGGCUGGCGCGCGCCUGGUUAUUUCAGGGAACCUCCACCUGAUCAACGUGCGGUGGUAUUUCCACCAUUCCACACGUCGCAAACUAUAUACCGCCGUCAUCCAGAUGGGGCAUAUGUGAUGCCGCAGUACAGAUAUUCUGGUGGUAGUCAUGGGUUUCCUCGAUAG